CUUGUAUAUAUAGCUUUAAUAUAAAAUAUGGAAACUGAAUCACACAAACAUUCACGUGUUUAUCGUUAAUUUAAUUACCUCGGUUGUAUCUUACAUCAUUACUGCAACAUGGGAGCUAUAUUCGUGGUCGUUCUGUCAGCUCUGUUAGCUGGUAUCGUCCAGACUAGAUCGCUGAGAGACUUACAAGCAGAAGUCAUCAGCGACCACCGCGGUACAUUUGAACACAACGUAGAAAAACGGUUUGUGAAUCCGUCGCUGGUCGGCGGAGGAUUUUCGGACAAAGAGAUUUCCAAGAUAAGAGCUAAAAGAAGUGAAGAGGAGUGCGAGAAGCUGAGACUGUGCAGGCUUCACGCCAGAUCCAACAGGAACUUCUUCGCUGCUUUCGAACUGUAUUUUGUCAACCGUGAGAACGCCCGUCUGUGGGACCACCACGCGCGCUCGCUGGCCGAGUGCUCCCAGAGGUACUCCUGCUAUAGAUAAAACCUUUUUUUUAAUUAUUUUAAUUGUAACUAUUUUGCUUCAUAAAUAAAUAAAUUAUCUAACGACUUAA